AUGGCUUCUAAUAAUCUUUAUAACAAAAUUCUUUUCUUCUUGCUUGUAAUUUCCAUAAUUCUGCCAAAGUUUUCUUCAGCUACCCCUAGAAUUCUUGCUCUUGUUAAGAAAGAACCCCCUGUUCUCAAGCAUCACGAAGGCACGCUCCUCAAAGGCAAUGUCAAUGUUAAUCUAAUUUGGUAUGGCAAGUUCACCUCCACACAGAGGUCCACAAUUCUUGAGUUUUCCCAAUCCCUCAGCCAUAAACACCACCGCGGCUCACCACCACUCUCCGUCGCGUCAUGGUGGAGCACCAUUGCGAAAUACAAGGGCGGUUUAUGUAUUAUUAACGUAGGAAAUCAAGUCUUUGAUCAAAGUUACUCUCUUGGAAAAUCUUUAAAAGAUGCUCAGAUUGUAGCCCUGGCUUCUAUAGCUAGUGGCCAUGUUAACGGAGUUAACGUCGUCUUGAUGGCAUUCGAUGUGGCGGUGGAGGACUUUUGCAUGAACAUGUGCGGGAGCCACGGAUACAUACGUGGCAAGAGCAGGAAAAAGUACGCCUACGCGUGGGUUGGCAACUCAGCCAUUCAAUGCCCGGGUCAAUGUGCUUGGCCGUUUCAAAAGCCGAUUGUAGGGCCACAAAAGACGCUGUUGGUGGCGCCUAACGGAGACGUCAGAGUUGAUGGGAUGGUUAUCAACUUGGCUAGGGCUGGACAUGGUCCGAUUCAAUUCUGA